AUGCAGCCCCCGCGCGCCGCGCUCGUCCCGCCGCUGCUGCUGCUGCUGCUCGCGGCGCCCGCGUGGGCGCUGCCGCCCCGCUCCGGCCGCUCGGCGCCCGCCGCCCCCGGCUGCCCCGAGCGCUGCGAGCCCGCGCGCUGCGCCCCGCCGCCGGCCCACUGCGAGGGCGGCCGCGUCCGCGACGCGUGCGGCUGCUGCGAGGUGUGCGGCGCGCCCGAGGGGGCCGCGUGCGGGCUGCAGGAGGGCCCGUGCGGCGAGGGGCUGCAGUGCGUGGUGCCCUUCGGGGUGCCCGCCUCGGCCACGGUGCGGCGGCGCGCGCAGGCCGGCCUCUGCGUGUGCGCCAGCAGCGAGCCGGUGUGCGGCAGCGACGCCCAAACCUACGCCAACCUGUGCCAGCUGCGCGCCGCCAGCCGCCGCUCCGAGAGGCUGCGCCAGCCGCCGGUCAUCGUCCUGCAGCGCGGCGCCUGCGGCCAAGCGCAGGAAGAUCCUGACAGUCUGCGCCACAAAUACAACUUCAUUGCCGACGUGGUGGAGAAGAUCGCGCCCGCCGUGGUCCACAUCGAAUUGUUUCGCAAGCUUCCUUUCUCUAAGAGGGAGGUGCCGGUGGCCAGUGGGUCUGGCUUUAUUGUGUCUGAAGAUGGACUGAUCGUGACAAAUGCCCACGUGGUGACCAACAAGCACCGGGUCAAAGUAGAGCUGAAGGAUGGUGCCACCUACGAGGCCAAGAUCAAGGAUGUGGACGAGAAGGCGGACAUCGCGCUUAUCAAAAUCGACCACCAGGGGAAGCUGCCUGUCCUGCUGCUCGGCCGCUCCUCGGAGCUGCGGCCCGGGGAAUUUGUGGUUGCCAUCGGGAGCCCGUUCUCCCUCCAGAACACGGUCACCACGGGGAUUGUCAGCACCACCCAGCGCGGCGGCAAGGAGCUGGGGCUCCGGAACUCCGACAUGGACUACAUCCAGACGGACGCCAUCAUCAACUAUGGCAACUCCGGAGGCCCGUUAGUAAACCUGGAUGGUGAAGUGAUUGGAAUUAACACGCUGAAAGUGACAGCCGGAAUCUCCUUUGCAAUCCCAUCUGACAAGAUCAAAAAGUUCCUUACAGAGUCCCAUGACCGACAGGCCAAAGGCAAAGCCAUCACCAAGAAGAAGUAUAUCGGCAUCCGGAUGAUGUCGCUCACGUCCAGCAAGGCCAAAGAGCUGAAGGAUCGCCACCGAGACUUCCCCGACGUGCUUUCGGGGGCCUACAUCAUUGAAGUCAUCCCCGACACCCCGGCAGAAGCCGGUGGCCUCAAGGAGAACGACGUGAUCAUCAGCAUCAACGGGCAGUCGGUGGUCUCCGCCAACGACGUCAGUGACGUCAUCAAGAAGGAGAGCACCUUGAACAUGGUCGUGCGCAGGGGCAACGAGGACAUCAUGAUCACCGUGAUCCCCGAAGAGAUCGACCCCUAGGCAGCAGCAUGAGCUGGACUUCAUGUUUGCCUCAGAGACUCCCGUGGACGCUGCAUGAUUUCUGGGCUGCUGGCCCAGACGCCCCAGACUGUGGACCGCCACGUUGCUCAUUCAGCAGACUUGUCCUGGGCAGCAGAAUCCUUGAUAGUUGGCAGGCAAAACCAAUGUAAUGUCGUAGAUCCUUAGGCAGAAGCUCGCCCUUCUGCAGCCCAUGUACACGGUGUGCUUUUCCCUUUUCCUUGCCGGCUUGACCGUUCCUGUGCAGACAGGAUCGCUUGACCGUUCCUGUGCAGGCAGGAUCGUCUCCUCCUUUAACCAAGUCGUCAUCUUAGUCCAACUAAGGCAGUUGACGUAAUUCGUAGAUCAGAGGACGGUCUCUUGGGAGCCAGGGUGGCACUGGGCGUGUGGCUGCUUCCCUCCGGAGACCACGGGCGGGUGAACGCUGGCUUCCAAAGUGGCCGGAGUUGCCUCUUGUAGGAAUCUCUUCAGAACUGGGGCGCCAUGACUCUGAUUUUGGGCUAUUAAAAUACUCCUUCCUAUUCUGCUUCCUCGUGUGCUUCCUCUC